UCAGUGUCCGCAGAUGGAAACACAAACAAACGGGGGCAGCUUAAGCCGUUUAAUAUGGGCCGACAGGAUGGGUGAGAAAAUGACCGUGCCUCUAUUUCAACCCCCAGGCUCUAUCAAGUCGUACAUAGACCCACAUACUUAUGAAGACCCUAACCAAGCUGUCAGGGAGUUCACCAGAGAAAUUGACUCCUCACAUAUUACUAUUGAGUCAGUUCUUGGAGGAGGUGAAUUCGGCGACGUUUGCAAAGGGAAACUUCGUGUGCCUGGUCGUCAAGAUAUGACGGUCGCUAUAAAAACGUUAAAACCAGGAGCAACAGAAAAGAAUCGGUUAGAUUUCCUCACAGAAGCUAGUAUUAUGGGUCAGUUCGAAGAUGCUAAUGUGAUCUUCUUAGAAGGAGUAGUAACUAAAAUGAAGUAUUUCUCCAUAUGGCCAUAUCAGUCGGAAUGUCAUCCCAUUAUGAUAGUAACAGAAUACAUGGCAAAUGGCUCCUUGGAUACUUUCUUAAGAAACAAUGACGGAACAUUUUCCUAUCUUCAAUUAAUUGGUAUGAUGAGGGGCAUUUCGUCUGGAAUGAAAUAUUUGUCAGAAAUGAGUUAUGUACACAGGGACCUUGCAGCCCGUAAUAUAUUGGUGAAUGAACAUUUGGUGUGCAAGGUGGCCGACUUUGGUCUUUCUCGAGAGGUGGAAAAUGAUACUACAGAUGGGGCCUAUACAACUAAGGGUGGCAAAAUCCCUGUCAGAUGGACAGCACCAGAAGCUAUUGCAUUUCGCAAAUUCACGUCAGCUUCAGAUGUCUGGAGUUAUGGUGUUGUAAUGUGGGAAGUGAUGUCAUACGGUGAGCGACCCUACUGGAACUGGUCUAACCAGGACGUUAUAAAGGCAGUUGAAAAAGGAUAUCGUCUUCCUCCACCUAUGGAUUGUCCUGAAGCAAUCCACCAAUUGAUGCUUGAUUGUUGGCAACGAGAAAGAAACCAUCGACCAAAAUUUAAUGCAAUUGUCAAAACUCUGGACAAAUUAAUACGAGCGCCGGAAUUAUUGCGGAAAAUGGCAAAACCCCGGCCUCACAAUUUCAUAGAUCCAAACGCUCCUGAUCUUACCAGCUUUACAAGCAUUGAAGACUGGCUUAUGUCGAUAAAGAUGGAACGGUACAUUGCGAACUUUGUGAAUUCCGGUUACAUAAAUAUGGAACAGGUAGCACGGAUUUCAAUGAAGGAUCUAAUGGAUUUAAAUGUGAACUUGGUGGGACAUCAAAAAAAAAUAAUGAACAGCAUACAGAUGUUACGAGCACAAAUCUAUGGGGCCCAAAUGUCGGAAGGUUUCCUCGUAUAGUUUUCUAGGGGUUAAAUUUUUUUUUUUUAUUUCAGACACUCCCUUCCCCCACCCCCCGCAUUUCCAUUUUUUCUUUUACAUGAAUAUAUAUAAAUAUAUAUAUAUAUAUUUUUUUUUUGAAAAUUUGAAAUGUAAGGAAAAGUAAGAAAAAAAUUUCAACAAGUACCAAAACAAAAAAAAAAAUAAACGAUAAAUGAAAACAAGGAACAGCAACGUCAAUAAAGAUGGGAGAAUGAGAGAAUGAAUGAAUGAAUGAAUGAAUGAAACAAAAAGAAUGAAAAACAAACAAAUAUACAUACAAAAAGAAA